AUGGGUAUUGACACAGUGUACGAAAGGGAGCAGCAGAAAUACGGCUACACGCACCUUUCUGCUGGUGACCUCCUUCGAGAUGAACGAAAAAGGCCAGGCUCACAGUAUGGAGAACUCAUUGAGAACUACAUUAAGGAGGGGGAAAUUGUACCGGUUGAAAUAACAAUCAGCUUGCUGAAGAGGGCUAUGGAUCAAACAAUGGCUGCAAAUUCCCAGAAGAACAAGUUCUUGAUUGAUGGAUUUCCUAGGAAUGAAGAUAAUCUUCAAGGCUGGAAUAAGACUAUGGAUGGAAAGGCGGAUGUUUCUUUUGUUCUUUUUUUUGAUUGUGACAAUGAGAUAUGUAUUGGCCGCUGUCUUGAAAGAGGCAAGAGCAGUGGUAGGAGUGAUGAUAAUCGGGAGAGUCUGGAAAAGAGAAUUCAUACAUAUCUGCAGUCUACUAAGCCUAUAAUAGACUUAUAUGAGAGAAUGGGAAAAGUCAGAAAAGUGGAUGCCUCUAAAUCUGUUGAUGAAGUUUUUGAAAAAGUUGUACAAAUUUUCGACAAAGAAGGCUAAUUCCCAGCUUGAAAGUUCAUUUAAACUCGUGCUUGAAUCUUGCUUGAAUAGCUGCUACUGCAGUCCACUCUUUGUAAUUGUUUUAAAAGAUUUUUUUAUUGUUUUUUCACAUAUCUAAUGAUGAUUGGAAAAGCAGUUAAUUACAAAUGGAUCUGUUUUUUAAAUAGGAAAUCAUUUCUUGUGGCUACAGUAUACAAAUUUCAGGGUUCUCCAUUAGUACAAGCUCACUUACAUGGCAAAACCACAGUUAAAACAUCUCUCUGAAGAGACUAUUU